AUGGUUUGGUAUGCUGUGGUGUGGAGACUGGAGUCGGAGUGGAUUUGAGGAUAUAUAUAGAGGGUUGGUACUCGGUCGGUGAAGAGGAAGAAUUUUUUUUUUCGAAAGGUUAUAUGAAGACGAUUGUUCUUUGACUUAUUGAUUGUUUAAUUGCUAUAUAUAUAUAGACGAAGAAGAAAUUUAUUGAAGGUUUUGUUUAAUAUUUAUUUACUGGUACCUUCGGACAGACAAACAGACAUACACAUACAGGCAGUAUAUACAGAAGAUAAAAUGUGUUUAUUCAAUAGUAAGCAAUCCCCUUCCCACUCAAUCCCAGCUUGAUACAUUCUACUCCGUCCAACAUUCUUACCCCAACUUCUCCAAACACCCUCUCUAACAUAUUCUUCCCUAUAGUCCCAAAAGACGAAGACAUAGUCUUUGUCGACCGUCGAGCUCCCCGCCGCAAAUCCACUCAAAUAGUCCGUCAACGACGUUCCUCUCACUCCCGCCCCGUUUCCCGCGUCUCGGAAACAAUCAUAAGACAACAUAGCCACCACCGACCCUCUACAUCCAUGACUGAAAUCCACCGACAUUCAACUUCAAUGUCCGAAAUGCACCGCGCUCAAAGUCACAGACAUUCUGCCUCUAUGACGGAAAUCCACCAAGCUUCUACUCCUCCAACUCCCAAACCAGUAACUCCUGUUCCUGUUCACGCUUAUAUGGCUCCGCCGACUCCUCCAGCCUCAAAUUUUGGUUAUCCUCCCCCCCAUUUGGCUGCUGGUGGAUAUCCUCCCCCCCAUUUGGCUGCUGGCGGAUAUCCUCACCCACAUUCGGUUGCUGGUGGAUAUCCUCCGCCUCCUAUGUCGGUAGCUCCUCCUCCACCACAUCAAUAUAUACCACCUCCCUCGCCACCAGUUAUGCCCCCAAGCCCAUUACCAUCAUACCGCGAUUUAUCACCUCCUCGAGUCCCUACUCCCCCAGAAGAAAGCCGAGUCGAAUUAAUAAAAGUAGAAGAGGAACACUGGCCACCACAUUCACAUUCACAUGCACAUGCACAUGCACAUGCACAUUCACAUUCACAUUCACAUUCACAUUCACAUUCACAUUCUCACGGAAGAUCAAGUCCAAGCGCAAGUCAUGUAUCCAGAAGAAAAAGCAGAAGAGGAAGUGUAACGAGCGGCAGAGAUAGAGAAAGAGGCGACAGAGAAGAAAUCUACAUUCAACGCGACCGCAUCAUCGAGCGCGGAACACCAUCUCCACAUCCCCCUUCAAGUCCUAGCUCCUUCGCCAGAAGAGGAAGUAGAAGUAGCCGGGGAAGCGGAACCCCGGAACCCGUUCAGAGUGGUUAUAGAACUGUAGAGGGUACGGGAUGGGAUCGGGAUCGGGAUCACGCGGACAGAAGACCUAUUACUCCGAGUGGGUAUAGGGUUGUUGAGAGCCAGGGUGCUAGGAGGGGUAGUGGUGUGGGAGUGGGUAGUGUUCAUAGAGAGAGGGAGUGGGAGAGGGAGAAGGGUUCGAUGUCUGGCUCAGGGUCUGAUUUUGGUGGGAGGAGGGGUAGUGUUACGUUUGAGAAUGGGCCGAGGAGUUCCGGGAGGUUUGUGGAGAGGGAGAGAGAAAGGGUGGUUAUGGAUGAGGGGGGGAGGAGGAGAGAGUUUUAUAGGAGGGGAUAGGUAGUUGAGAGAUGGGGUUGAUUGAGGAGGAAGAUGUUUGGAUGUUGUUUGGAUUUUUUUUUAUACCGUCAGCUUAUCUGUAUAUUGAUGUUUGUGUAUAAUGAGCAAGCGAGCGAGCUGAAAUUUAAUAGAAAUCUUAAUCUUAUUAAUGUUUAUAUUUAUUUAUUAAUGAUCUUAUUUUGAUAUCCAAUACUUUAUUUAACGUAUAUAAAUAUCUAUCUAUCUAUCUAUCUAUCUAUAUAUUAUUAUAAGAUAUUAUAUAACGUUUUUCAAAAUAAUAAAGUAAAUUAGAUUAUAAUUAGUGAUAAAUACUUUAGUAUAUCUUGUUUUGUUUAUUUUAGUUAUUAUUAAGAUUAUAUUAUAAGUCUUAGGUAAAACUCGAUAACCAUCCUCCUACGAACCAGGAUACAGAAUAAAGUAAUGCUAAGUA